CGCCGGAUGGUAUAUUUGAACAGUCCAGCCGCGGUCACACUGCAGUACACAGAAAAUUUACAGAAUUUGAGAAAAUUAGGGAAUUAAACGCACAAAAGGCGAAUUAAAGAGGUCCAAAAUACAAGGCGCGAUUAUCAGGCGCCCCGAGGACCAAAAGGCACUGGAAAAGAGUCCGCAGAGAAGAGGAUAACAAGGACAAGGGCCGCAGAAAGCAACAGCCCUCCGCCGCCGCCGCCCAAAAAAACCAAAACGACUGAGGACUGCCAACCAGCCAUAAGAAGAAGCACUCCCACAAUCUGCCAUCUCCAAUCUCUAGAACAUAAAGCACUCCAAAAAGUCUAGGAAUCUACAUAUAAAACCAUGCAGGCGAUCAAGUGCGUCGUGGUGGGCGACGGAGCCGUAGGAAAAACAUGCCUGCUGAUCAGCUAUACGACCAAUGCCUUUCCCGGCGAGUAUAUACCCACCGUUUUUGAUAACUACUCGGCCAACGUGAUGGUCGAUGCCAAGCCGAUCAACCUGGGCCUUUGGGAUACGGCCGGACAGGAGGACUACGACAGGUUGAGGCCUCUAUCCUAUCCACAGACAGAUGUCUUCCUUAUCUGCUUCUCGCUGGUUAAUCCGGCCUCGUUCGAGAACGUGCGGGCCAAGUGGUAUCCGGAGGUGCGCCACCACUGCCCCAGCACGCCCAUCAUCCUAGUGGGCACCAAAUUGGAUUUACGCGACGAUAAGAACACGAUCGAGAAGCUCAGGGACAAGAAACUGGCACCCAUUACAUACCCGCAGGGUUUGGCCAUGGCCAAGGAGAUCGGGGCUGUCAAGUAUCUGGAGUGCUCGGCGCUGACGCAGAAGGGUCUUAAAACUGUCUUCGACGAGGCCAUCCGGUCGGUUCUAUGCCCAGUACUGCAGCCCAAGUCCAAGCGCAAGUGCGCCCUGCUCUAAAAGAGAUAGAGAGAAAGAGAUAUCCCACAAUGGAUUCUAUUUAAACGUAAUAUUAUUAACGAUAAACGAUUAUGUAACCUAAGUGUUAGCCAGACAUUUGGCUGAUCCGUAGUUUCUUUGUUACACUUUGCCACUAAUUUCUGCUACAGGGGGGAAUCCCCCAUUCAAACUCUUGCUUUCUUCGUUUCCGAGUUCGUUUCGUGUGUUCUGUAAUUCAUAAUCUAAUUCUGUUUACCCGUGCAUUAAUUUCAACUAAAAGUUAAAAGCGAGAUGUUUUUAGAUAAAAUGGAAAACCCAAUGGGCUAUCUGUAACUGUAAACUCUAACUGUAUUUUGUAUUAUUUAAUAACUUUUGUAAUUAAAAUUAAUGUUGUAAAACUGAGGUAAAACCAAAAAAAAAAAACAAAAAAUGUGAGAGAAGACGAUUGUCGCAUAAAGAGCAUAAAGCAUCGAUGUCGCCUGAUUAUCGUAAGUCCUCUAACCGGGAUCAGGAUAUUGAGUCAGUAAAGUAAACGUUCCAUUGCAAUUACACUUACAUUAUUACAUACUUGUAUUUAGAUGUUGUUGGAUAUCGAAGGGACGACGCGAACAGGUAACAACUUUUUAAACUUUUGCUAGAUCCAAGAACUAUCAAUAUAUAUAUAUAUAUAUAUACAUGUAUGUAUAAGAUGAAAAGUCCUUCGUAUACUAUGUACUGAAAUUAAAGGCAUCAAACUGAUCAACUUUGAAUACUUUGUAUUUUAAAACAACAGAUAUUCAAGAAAACCAGCAACAAAAAAAACAUGAACGAAACCACGAUAAUUAUAUAAAUGUGUCUAUUUCAAUGGAAAUCAAUAAAGCAUUAUUAAUGAGAA